GUUAAAUUCAAUCGUCGUGGUACAAAACUACGCCGAUUCAGUCGUGAAACCGAUCGAAUCACUCCGGAUCAUUUGGCUUAUUUGGACGAAUCACCGGACUAUUGCACCUACGAUCCAGUGCAUCAGAUUCCCGGCACACACGGUCGUGAAUGCUUGCCCAACUCCACCGAGGAGGCCAAUUGUUCCGAGUUGUGUUGCAAUCGUGGUUCCCGUGUGUUGUUGAGAGAAGUCCAAGAGAAGUGUCAUUGCCAAUUUCACUGGUGCUGUCGUGUCGAAUGUCAGACCUGUAUUCGAACGGAAGAGUAUCAUGUGUGCAAUUAA